GAGAAAAAUUCUGGAUCGGAGAGCUUCGAAGCCUGGGAAUUUUCUUUGUACCCUCCCCUUCGUUCUUCUCUGAUCUCGAAUUCCACAUACCAAUUAUCGUAUCUCCUGAUUUUGAUUUCUUUCUUAUCACUAUGUUCUGAUAACAAAAAGCCCACACCUCCCCUCCAAAACGUUGUCUUCUCUGUAAAAACCCACUUUGUCGUAACCAAAUCUAGGGUUUUCUCGAGUUCGCUUUCUCUUGUGAUCGUGAGAUGUCUCGGUGUUAUCCGUUUCCACCACCUGGUUAUGUACUGAAAGAAAUCAACAAGGAUAAGUAUCUGAUCGAUUCGAUCAAGGGGGCAAAGGAUGAAGUUAAGAAAGAUAGAAAACACAAGAGGAAGGAUAAAAAGAGAAAGGAGAGGGAAACUGAGGCGGGUCGAAGCAGAAACCACAGGCAUAAGAGACGGCGCAAAGAUGAAGGCGCAAAAUUAAUUAACAGUGAGGUCGAGUUCUUAGAGAAGAGCUGCCAGACAGUGGAACUUGAGCUACAAUCAUCGUCUCAGAAUUCUUGUGAUAGCACUCUUCAUAGCAAUGAGAGAUCAAAACAAAUUCAGAGUCAGCCCCUUGAUGGUAGGCAUAACGACUCUGGUGAGUUUGUUUGUCUUUACUUGUUGUUGGGUCUGUUUGCUUAUGGUGUCAUUCUUUCUUGGUUUGAAGAAACCGGCUUACGGACCCGGUUAGCUGAAAAGGAUCCUGAGGCUGAGGUGAUGAUGUCCAACAAGGAUCAAAAACAGCGAUUUUCCCGGGAAAGGUUAGAUGCUUCUCUGUCUGCUGCUCCAAAGGAGUCUGUUGGUCAUCUUUAUUCCAUCACACAAGAUGCUUUAAGGGUCUGUCAAGAAAAAAGAAGAGAUCCGUCGAGAGACAUCACUACAGAGCUCAGCAAAGACAACAGAAAAGUUAGUAGAAAAGAUACGAUGCCAUCAUCAUCUUUAUGGACUCAUCCAGAAGAAGAGAAACCGUCCUCUAGUCAUCAGGAAACCAUUGGACCUUCGAAGCUAUCAUGCAAGAAAUGCCCUCCUUCCAUGGCCGGACAAUUUUUGAAUCUCAUCGACAACUGGACUCCUGCUCCUGUUGAGAGCAAGCUCACUGACUCUGAAGAUCAAGAAUGGUGGUUGUUCAUCAAGUUUGGAGCCAAAAGGCAACAAGUUAGCAACCAGAAAACCAACCAGGGAAGUAGUUCGAUGGUGUGGCCAACUGCUCGAUUUCUUCCGGAAGCCGAACUACACGCAUUGCCGUUCACUGUCCCGUUCUGAUUUCAACAAAGCUGGUCGAGAGAGUGGUUAACAUGACCAACAAAUAGUUUUUUUUUCCCAUGUAUUUUUUAGAUUAGCCUUAAGACUGAAAAACUCAGAAUUAUAUAUGUGAUUCUUUGUAGAUAUGCUGGUAAUAUAGUAAACCAUUAUUAUGUGAAUAAUAUAUA